AUGUUUUCAAUUUGGAAGCGAAUGGCAAACAGUCAUUGUUACAAAAUAAUGUUCGCUAUUGGAGUUAUUGAUAUGGCAGCAAUUUUGUGUGCCGGAUUUUUAACUGGAUAUUUGGGAUAUUUUGGAUAUGUUUUUUGUUCUUCACCAAAAUUUAUUUAUUUUGUUGGAGCAUAUGGAUUUUGUAAAAAAUUGCUUUUUUGGCUUGGCAUUCCAAUAAUAUACGGUCUAUCUAUAAUAACUUGGUCAAAACCAGUCAUAUUCACCGGCAUCUACUUUAGCUGGUUCCUCAAUCCGCACGUUGGAUAUAUUGAUGAUGUUAAUCAAAUUUUUCUUCAAAUCUUUUUGAUUAGCUUAUUUAAUAGUAGUGCCGCUUUUAUUUACGUUUAUAUGCAAUAUAUCCACGUUAAUGAAGUUGUUAUUAUAAUUGGACAAAUAUGCUGGUUAAAUGCACACGGUGGAAAAUAUUUUCUUUAUAAUACUUCUAAUUAAAUUAGAGUUAUUAUUAUUGUUGGUUUCAUGUUCGACGUCCUAAUUUCAUAACUUUCUUUUUCAUACUUAAUCCGAGAACUCUUAGUUUCAGUUACAUACUUGCUCAAUUCGGUUACCGAACAGAA